GGCUCCUUGGCUUUUUUUUUUCUCUUAGGAAAGCAUAUUAAGAAUUUAAGAUUGAUCAUAUCAAGAACAAAAAACAGAAACAGAAUAUGAAGACCAGGACUUACAACUUCCUGUGUAUUGUAGCGUCUGUCCUUACUUUGCUCAUCAACCACUCAUCAGCGGCAACAACUCAAAAUAGUAAUUCUUCAGCUUCUUGUAACAGAACCUGCGGAGGAAUCUCGAUCCCAUUCCCGUUCGGAAUCGGCGGGAAGGACUGCUAUCUCAACGGCUGGUACGAGGUUGUCUGCAACACCACCACUUCCGGAUCUAACACAACAACGGUUCCGUUCCUCUCACGGAUCAACCGGGAAGUGGUCAACAUCUCUAAUGCAGAGAGCAACGAACCAUACGGACUGGUUCACAUCAAAGGUCCUGUGACUUCUUUGGGUUGUUCUAGUAAUAGUAGCCAAGGACUCAAAAAGUCGCUACCGGAUCUGAACGUCACGGGCAAGGGCAGCCCAUAUUUCCUCACAGACGAGAUUCGCCUCGUGGCGGUUGGUUGCGGUACCAAGGCGUUGAUGACGGAUAUUGACUCAGAGAUCUUGGGCUGUGAAUCGAGCUGCGAAGAGAGAAAUAGUGGUGAAGAAGUAACAAACUCGAUGUAUGAUGGGUACAAAUGCUGCCAGGCGAGGUUACCGGUGGAGCGUCCACAGGUUAUAGGUGUGGAGAUAGAUGCCACGGGAGAAGAAGGGUGCAGAGUUGCAUUCUUGACUAACAAGAGGUACUCGCCGAUAAAUGUUACGGAGCCAGAACAGUUUCAUUCUCAGGGAUAUGUGGUGGUGGAGCUAGGUUGGUACUUUGCUACCUCAGAUUCUCGCUUUAGGAGCCCCUUAGGUUGUAGAAAUAUGACCCGUUACAGUUCCUACACCUCCUUUGAUAAAUGCAGUUGCGAGUAUGGUUACUUAAACGAAAUGAGUUAUAGGAACUGCUAUUGCAACAAUGGCUUCACAGGGAACCCAUACCUUCGAGGGGGCUGCAUAGACGGUGAUGGUUGCAAAGAACCUAAUGUCUGUAAAGAAGGCAGUACUUGCGUGAACAUGCCUGGAGCGGCGUACAUGUGCAAACCCAGACCCGAGAUGAUCAUCAAGCCGGCCAAAUCUCUCGUGCUACAAGGGGUUCUUAUAGGUUUGUUGGGACUAAUGGUUUUAGUUGUUGGGAUAUUCGUAUUGUUUUUACUUAUAAGAAACCGGAGGAGGAUCAUACAUAACAGGAAGUUCUUCAAACGUAAUGGAGGCUUGUUGUUAAAGCAACAACUAACUACAACAGAUGACGGAAAUGUUGAGAUGUCGAAGAUAUUUAGCUCGGAGGAGUUGAAGAAAGCCACCGAUAACUUCAGCGUGAAGAGAGUGCUGGGGCAAGGCGGUCAGGGAACUGUGUAUAAAGGGAUGCUGGUGGACGGAAGGAUCGUUGCGGUUAAAAAAUCCAAAGUCGUGGAUGAAGAUAAGCUAGAAAAUUUCAUCAACGAGGUCGUUCUUCUCUCACAGAUUAACCACAGGAACAUUGUGAAACUCUUGGGAUGUUGUUUGGAGACAGAAGUCCCAAUCUUGGUUUACGAAUAUAUUCCCAAUGGAGAUCUGUUCAAGCGUCUGCACGACGAAUUCGAUGAUUACACGAUGACUUGGGAAGUUCGUCUUCGCAUAGCCAUAGAGAUCGCGGGAGCACUUUCAUACAUGCACUCAGCUGCAUCGUUUCCAAUAUACCACAGAGAUAUCAAGACAACCAAUAUACUACUGGACGAGAAAUACAGAGCCAAAGUAUCUGAUUUCGGAACGUCACGAUCAAUAACCAUAGAUCAAACUCACCUGACAACACUAGUUGCAGGCACUUUUGGGUACAUGGAUCCAGAGUACUUCUUGUCAAGCCAAUACACUGACAAGAGCGAUGUUUACAGUUUCGGGGUUGUCCUGGUGGAGCUCAUAACCGGAGAAAAGACGUUGUCCCAUAUCCGGUCUGAAGAAGGCAGAGGCUUGGCUACUCAUUUCCUCGAGGCCAUGAAAGAAAACAGAGUGAUUGACAUCAUUGAUGGUCGAAUCAAAGACGAAAGCAAGCUGGGCCAAGUGAUGGCGGUGGCAAAACUCGCUCAAAAGUGUCUUAGCCGAAAAGGCAGGAAACGACCAAACAUGAGAGAGGUUUCAAUUGAGCUAGAGAGGAUCCGUUCAUCACCUGAAGAUUUACAAGUCCAUUUGGUAAACGACGAACAAGAGAAUCAAGCCAUGUAAAUCAACAACAAAGAAUACGCUUAAGUGUAUCUCCCAAACCAAUGGUUCCUCAACGGAUCCUGUAAAGGUCUUUUCUUUUUCAAUAUAAGAACAUCUUUUCGAUUAUAAAUCUCUGGUUUUUCACCAUGUAAUAAUAUGAUACACAGACAUUGCAGUAUAGAAUCAAUAAAAAAAACAAAAAGAAUGUUUUAGUACAAGAGAACAAUAAUGGGGGGUGGGUUUCAGCUACCAUUGGCCGAUGACACUCUAGAAGAAUUUGAGUUUCCCUUUGGAGAUAGUUUGGACAUGUUGUAACUGACACAUUGCCUUCUCUUUCCCGGUCAAGCCAUGGCACGAUGAGUGCUUAGCACCUAAAGUGACUGCAAAGUAGAGAUAAACAGAGCAGAGGAAUGCCAAAAGAAGCAAGGCUGUUAAGAGAUAUCGAUGCCUCUGAAUAACCGUGGAGCAGCUUCCCAACUCUUCCCACUGCUUCUUUAGACACUGCGGUCUCCUUAACGGUGAAGAUACAAUCCCAUCAAGAACCAUGGCUGCUUGAUAUUAACCAGCCUGCAAAAUCGUCACACAGAAUCAUUUACACAUUGCACAAAAACCCAAAACAGGAUAUGGAGAUGAGAUUCAAUAAGACUGAAUGUACAUUUUGGAACUAUUUUUUCCUUCAAAAACCAUUUAUAUAGCUACCAAUAAUUUCGGAUUUCUAUCGAGAUAAGCUAGCGAGAGAGACAGAAUAAUGGCGUUUCCAUCUGUUCCCACGAGGUAAAUAUAAUUUGUAAACGGCAUUUUAGUCUUUGUAAUCGGAAUCACAAUCGCAAGACAAGCAAUAAAGUCAUUUUCAGUCAAAUCACAACAACGACCUUUCUUCGUCAAUGCACAUUUGGAUUAAAAGAAGAUUCGAGGAAAAUGGGAGAUCAAUCGAAGGACACACAAUACAGAAUGUUACGCCGGCAAUCGAGGGAAUAGAUCCGAAGCAGGUGAUGAUUUUGUUGAGAAAACGAACCGGUGAAACAGAAACAGGUGAGAGAUCCGGAGAAGAGAGAGCUGCUUCCAGCUCCGUCGACACGCAAAUCCGACGACACCAAAAAGUAGUCGGCCGCUAGGCGUUGCGUUUCCGAUAUAUAUAGAGAGAGAUCAAUCUCAUCCGUAGCUUGAUUGGCUCGAGCGGGGGCCGAUUUGCCGGAUGUCGCCUUACGCGGUUUUAUGAAGUCCGUUACAUACGACGGGAAUUUAGGGAUUUUUAUAUACAAAAAUCAAAAGAUAAAAAAAGGAAAGAGAGAGAGAGAGAGAGAGAGAGAGAGAGAGAGGAAAUAAUGAUUUCAUGCGUGUUUAGCAUCCACUCCAUUGGCUUUGUCUUUUAAGAUGAUGGGCACACGUAUUU